AUGACCGCCUUAGUAUGGAGGAAUCCGAAGGCUCCUAUUCAUCACUGGAAAAGUCCUGCCGGCGCCUGGCAAAGAAUACAUGUCUUUUUCGCAGGCCCAAUAUCUGGAUUCCAGCUACUCAUAGUUGUAGAUGCCUUCUCCAAAUGGGUGGAGAUAAUACCCACAAAAACAACUACGAGCUCAUUCUGUACACAGACAUUAGAUGAAUUGUUUGACACAUUUGGGUUCCCGUAUGUUUUGGUGUCCGAGAAUGGAAGACAAUUUGUAUCUCAGGAAUUCGAGAAUUUUUUGACCAAUAACGGCAUCACCAUUAAGAAGGCAUUGCAUAAAUUAGAGGGGGAGAGUGGCGGAAUAUUACACAAAGUCCGGACAGUCAAAACUCUACUUCGGGCCACCCCGGUCAACUCUGGGAACUCACCAUAUAUGCUUAUGUUUGGACGACAAAUAAGAACUAGGCUAGCCGCGAAGAUCCGUGCGCGACCAAAGUCUGAACCCCGACUUGGUAUCAUUGUGAGAGAGUUCUUACCAGGGAGCAGAGUUCAAGCUCGUAACUACUCCAUACCUGGGAGCAAGUGGGAGUUCGGUAGAGUGACCCGUCGUCUCGGAAACCUACAUUACCAGAUCGAAACUGAGGACGGCCGCAUCUGGAUCCGCCACCUGGACCAGCUGCUCCCGGCUCCAGGGAUUCUUGGGAAUCACGGCGGAGGUGUGUAUACAUAG